AUGGACGUUGGCGAGCGAAAGUACCUCACAUCAAACGUGACCGGCGGCUGCGUAUACAAACUCCACAGCGUCGUGGUGAGAAGCGACGAACCUCAGGGCGGCCAUUGCUCCGUGUUCAUAAGGCCGGUUGGAGACAAGUGGCUGAAAUUCGACGACGAGGUCGUGGAAGAAGUGUUGAGCGACAACGCCAUCAAAGAUCAGUACGGUGGGCGGGAUACCUCCCAGGGCGUGAACAACUACGGUCUGCCCAGCUCGAAGGGGGGCAGGUCCACCGCAUGCGCUCUUGUUUACGUUCGAGAAUCUGACUGGGACAGCGUGAUGUGCGUGGCCGGCAAGGAUGACCUUCCCGAUGAGGUUCGGCGGCACCUAGAGGGUGAGGAGGGCGACAAGCAGAUGGACAGGGACUUGGCUGGUCUGCAGGUGGUGAUCAAGGUGGCAACCGACGCUGACAUCAGGAAACAGGUGGGCAAGAUUCAGCACGCGGAUUUGCUGAACUUCGACCAUGUGAAGGGCUACAAGAUGCACAAGCAGGCGCACUUCGCCGAUUUCCAGCGCCAGAUUCAGACGGACUUCGGCGUGCCUUCGGAUCAACAACGGCUCUGGCUGUGCGCACCACGGGACGGCUCGGCACCUCGCCCAAUCUGCCCUCUGCGCUCCGGCACCGAUUCUGGUACAAGUGCCAACACAUAUUCCAGUACAGAUCCCGGUACAGACGGCCCCACUUUUGCGGAGGUGUUGGACUCGGUGCAGCCCAGGCCGGAUUCAUGGGGCGCAAAGCCCCCCUCCACGGUUCUCUUGUACUUAGAGACGUGGGAACCGCCGGCGGAAAAAGCGGCAAAAACGGACAGCAAAAAGAGGCGCGGGUUGAGGCACUUGCUCCCUGGGGCCCGUGGUGGCAGCAUGGUGCGCUUGAUUGCCGCCAACAUGGUGUACAAGCACGGCGGUAGCAUGGUGUUCUUUAAGGCCUAUGACCCCGUUAACGAAUCGCUGACGUACGUUCAGCGCCGUUUCGUGGCCAAUGAAGAGGUCCUGGGCGACGUUUUCGACGAGGUGGGGCGGGCGGCGGGGCUGCAGGGUGAGGUGACGGGCUGGAAGGAAGCUGCGCACGAGCCGGUGCUGAUGGGCGUGAAGUUGAACCGAAGGUUCUCGUGCAGGGAGGUACGGCUGGUGCACGGUGACAUUGUGUGCCUCGAGAGCCCAUUAAAGGGGGCUCAAUCUUCAGACUGGCCGCAUUUGAGGUGCCCCACCGCAAGGGACUAUCUGCUGAGAAUUCACAGGGCCGUGCAAGGCCCCACGCUGCCCUCGCCGUCAGCUUUGGAUGCACUUGGGUGGUUCUGA